GUGAUUGUGGGAAUUCCAUCAUGUAUUCCCGCUCUUGCACACGAUCGUAAUGUCGACACAGAGGCUCGCGCGACUUGUUCGGAUGCCUGUCCUAGGCGGUCAUCGAAGCCUCUCGUUCUCGUGUCAAAAUUUUGAGAAGGAUUUUCGAGACCCGUUUCCUCUACCGCUUUCUUCGGAUAAGUUCAUUCAGACAGAUCAAAUUGAUGAGAGUCUUUUGCCUCACCCUAUCCCCCGGCCCAACGAGUCACUCGAUUCUCUGAGAGCGCGCCUCAACUAUCAAUCCAGGAAGCGAGGGACUCUGGAAAAUGACUUAUUGCUCAGCACAUUCGCUAAAGAGCACAUUACCACUAUGACUCGCGCCGAACUCGAGGAAUUUGAUAAACUCAUGGAUGAACCUGACUGGGACAUCUAUUAUUGGUCGAUUGACAAGAAGCCACCUCCGUCACGAUGGGCUGGUACUAGGAUUCUCGAAAAGCUGCGUGUCCACGCCAGGAAUGAGGGGAGGGUGGUGCGGCGGAUGCCCGAGCUCCCACAUUUGGACCGGCGGCCAUUAGAGAACGUGUGAUUGCGCUGAAUCGGCCGUAACAUUGGCUUGGGGGCUGCUGGUCGAAGUAUUGGUGUCCAACGAGCUGGGCAUUGCACAUUCGCUACCUUCCGACCAAUUUCAUUUGUAUUGUGCGCAUAACAGUUAUGUACGCAAUAUACAAGGCAUGGGAACUUCGGUCACCCCCCGGCUUCCUUGCAUUGCUAGGCAAAUGAGCAGCGUAUUCCUGAUAGUCUCGGCCCGUAACAGUAGUGACCAGUCUGGAUCCUAGGCAGGACUCCGGCCCCUAUGACUUCA